UGUUUCAAAUGUGAUUGGCUCAACCAUUGCAACUUCGCCAACCUUCGUAAACGACUUGCAUUUGGGUGGGUUGACAAAUUGGGUCAAGAAGCACUACUCUUGAGUAAUGGCCCAUUACUUGGCACCUUCCCAUUUGGCCACUUGCUUAGUGGAAACCACUUUAACCAACCGUUUGACAUUUUGGAUCCAUUUUCUCUCCAUCGACUCAGUAGUCAAUAUAUUAUUUGGACCAGACUCUUACGGGUGAGAUUGGUUUUAUACCUAACUAAGUGUGAAGUCUGGUCUAUGUGGUAGAACAAGGACUACCCAAACCCAUGGGUAAGAAGUUGGGAGCGAUGGGAUGUUCGUGAAGCAAAGCAGUGAUUACAAAUUGAGGUGUCAGACUCUCAGUUCCUGUCAAGAAUGAUGGUUAAUGUUAACAGCUAGCUUCUCUUGAUUUAAGCCGUGGUUGCGUUCCCCUGUUCUUUAAAUUACUCUUAAAUUAUGAAGCCACCUUCGAGUCAUGUUGUACAUGGGAGUAGAGUCAAACUCGAUACCUCUGUUUCCGAGUUGCUCUACUAAUUUGACUGGCUAGGGUCUACGCUUCCUGUCCCUUUAUUCGCACAAGCUCUCUCUUUCUAGAGUAAUUUAAACUGCGAGGAUCUUCAUUAUUCCUCAUUCUAUAGACUAUUAUAUAGAGGCUAUAUGGGAAAUGAACAUCAGCGACUUCCUAUGGUUUCUAUGUUUUUCAAUUCCAACUCAGUGUUGAGGCAUGUCUUUCAUCUCCUGUAUUUUGUCAUUGGUUUAUCCCUUGGAAUCAAGGUCGGUUUCUAUGUCAAGAGUUCCUCAUUCGAUCUUCAAGCUAUUAUAAGCUUUACGGCACCUCAACCAGCCGCAGCACCACCACCCUUAUUGGUAACGCUGCCACCACCACCGGCACCAUCACCUCUGCCACAACCACCAUCAGCAUCAGCAUCGCCGUCACCAUCGCCAUCUCCAUAUCCACCACCUGAUGGUACUUUGGCCUCACAAGAUAAGCCAACGCUCAUGCACAGUAUGGAUGAUGAUGAGUUGUUCUGGCGAGCAUCUAUGGUUCCAAGGAUUCAACAAUUCCCAUAUGAGAAUGUCCCUAAAGUUGCUUUCAUGUUCUUGACAAAGGGACCUAUACCUUUAGGCCCCUUAUGGGAUUUAUUCUUCAAAGGGCAUGAAGGGUUUUAUUCUAUUUAUGUUCACCCUCAUCCUUCCUACAAUGAUUCAGUGCCUGAAGAUUCUGUUUUCCAUGGAAGAAGAAUUCCCAGCAAGGUCAUCAAAUGGGGAAGAGCAACAAUGAUAGAUGCAGAGAGACGCCUUUUGGCCAACGCCCUCCUGGACUUCUCUAAUGAAAGAUUUGUGCUCCUCUCAGAGACUUGCAUACCUUUGUUCAACUUCACAACAAUAUAUAGCUACAUCAUCAAUUCUAAUCAAAGUUUCAUUGCUUCAUACGAUGAUCCAAGGAAGGUGGGCCGAGGUCGUUACAAUCCUCAAAUGUCACCUACAAUCAACAUAUCCGAAUGGCGUAAAGGGUCACAAUGGUUUGAGGUUCAUCGCGAGCUAGCCAUUGAAAUUGUAUCAGACAAGAAGUACUACCCCGUCUUUCGAGAGCAUUGUCAUGUCCCUUGUUACAUGGAUGAACAUUAUAUCCCUACACUCAUCAACAUUCUUGCUCCAGAAAAGAACUCCAACAGGACCAUUACCUGGGUUGAUUGGUCUAAGAGCGGUCCACAUCCUGGAAGAUUUAUUAGGCAAGAUGUUACUCUCGAGUUCCUGAAUCAAACGAGGUUUGGUACCAAUUGUACGUAUGGUGGCAACACAACGUCUAUGUGUUUCUUGUUUGCCAGGAAAUUUGUACCCAAUACUUUGCAGCCCUUGUUGCAGCUUUUGUCCCUCGAUUUUAGUCAUUAAAACCUUUACACAAUUUCAAUGUUAAUGACCUCAAAAUUUUUCAAAA